UCUUGGUGACUUGAUUAAGAAGCUGUGAAAGAAAAUGAAGAUUCAGUUGAUAGUAUUGAUGUGUGUGGUGGCGCUAUCGAGUGCCGCCCCUCAGUCCUCCUACCGCCAUCGAGUCGUUCCUCAGAGGUCAAUAUAUGAUAAUUUUCGUUCCAAGAGCUUCAGUCGUCCAACCCCUGAUGAUAUCGAAUUCAGACUCUACACCAGGGAAUCCCGCAAUGACCCCGACCGCCUCAUGGCCGGUAACCUGACCUUACUCGAAGGGUCAAAGUUCAAGAGCGAAUUGCCUCUGGUCGUCGUUACUCAUGGCUUUUCCGAGACAGCUGAUGAUUCAGUCUGGAUGAAUGCCACGAAAAAUGCUCUGCUUGAUAGGGCAGACAUGAACGUCAUUCUCACCCAGUGGCAAGAGCUGGCCAAUGGUCUCAGGUACGACAUCGCUGCCAGAAAUACCUAUUACGUGGGUAUUGCUAUGGCUGAUCUGCUGAAGUUCCUUGAGAACAACACCGAAGGCUUCAACGGCAGCAAAGUACACCUCGUAGGCUUCAGUCUGGGAGCACAAGUGUCUGGAGUUGCUGGACACAAGUACCCAGGAGUGGCCAGGAUUACAGGCCUCGACCCCGCCGGCCCGCUGUUCGAAGACGGCAACCCGGAGAGCCGGCUUGACGCUUCCGACGCGGACCUCGUCGACGCCAUCCACACCAACGCAGGGUACCUCAUAACGGGACACUUCGGCUAUAACGACCCCGUAGGACACCUCGAUUUCUACGUGAACGGCGGCAAUUCUCAGUGCGGUUGCCCGCCUUUCAUCUGGGAUAGCAUCGUCGAGAUCAUAACACUGUCGCCAGGAGACAUCGACGCUUGCAGCCACGGCCGCGCCCACGAGUAUUUCCUGGAGUCCAUCCUCUCCUCCGAACCCACAGUCGGAUUUCAGUGCCCGGACUACGAGAACUUCGAGGUCGGAGAAUGCUUCAGCACACCUCGAGCUGCUAUGGGUUACGACGUCACACGCGAAGCUAGGGGGGUGUUUUACGUCGAUACGCAGGGUGAGGCUCCCUUUUUCUCUCGCCAUCUGGAAGUGAACUUAACCAUAGGAGAGGGCGAAAGCACAUACCACGGAGAACUGACUUUCCAUACCAUCAUUCCCGGUCGAGAAACAAAGGAGGUUGUUAUGUUUAGUGGCUGGCCUUCCCUCCACCCUGGCGAUCUUCAUAAGACUGCCCUCACCACACCUUCAGGAACCAGCGCUGACGAGGUCCCUAUCGACGUGGUAUUCCAUAAGAACUACCUGCUGCCUCUCUCGCCCAACCACCUCAACGUAGAGAGCAUUGUGCUUGUCGAUACGUACACGGAACAAGAAUAUUGCCUGGCUAGCAAGAAGGUCCUCGAAUCUGGUACGACAUAUUCCCUGAGGGCUACUCUUGGAUCCUGUUGAAUGAAGACCAUUUCUUGAAGUAGUGCAUUUGACGGUGUGAAAUUGACGGCGUCUAAGACCCACAUCCAUUUCAGGAAAACGAAAGAUUUAUGACACCCAUUUCAGCUAGGGAUUUAUAGGGAAAGAAAGAAUUUAAGACGGAAUCAAAUUUCAGCUGGAGAAAUAUAGGAAAACAAAACCCAUUUCAGCAAAGGAUCAACAUAUCAAGAAAAAAAAAAAAAAAAAAAAUAAAGGUAAACCAUAAUUUCAGGAAAAGAUAUAUAGGAAAACAAAAAAAAUAAGGCAUACCCAUUUCAGCAAAGGGUAUAUAGGAAAACAAAAGAUUCAAGACACACCCAUUUCAACUAUGGCUCUAUCGAGAAAAA